UUUCCCGAUUCGCCGUCAGGCGACAAUAAUUUUUAUCAAAAACGGAUUUUAUAACAGCGAUAACACAGUAUGUUGUCGAUAAGUUUAAUAAUUAAAUGAUUUCCCACAUAUAAACUCCAGAGGGAUUACAGAUUGGUGAAUUUAGUUCGUUCCAGACGUGUGUACUGUAAAGUUAAAAAUUUAAUAGUUAGCCAGUUAAAAAUUAAAAUGGAAUGGUUUAAAAUAAAAUCAGAAAAAGAUCAUGAUUUAUUAGUAGUUAAUAAUUUUAUCCAUCGAGUGGAUAGAAUACGGGACAAAACCGAAUAUUAUAAAUGCAUACAAAAUUGUUAUGAGCAAAAUCAUGCUAUUUUGAAAAAUUUGAAAAAUAAAACUGACGUAAUAUUAUCGAAGCCUCACUAUCACCCAACACACGGAGUUAAGUUGGCUAAUCGUGGCUUUCGAAAUAAAUUGAAAGAGGAACUUACUCAAAAUCCCACGAAACCGGUACCCAAGACAUUUAAUGAAAUUAGGAGAUCUGUCAUAACUUCAGGAAUAGAAGGUGCUACAAAUUCGGAAGUUAUAGAUGCUAUUCCCGUAUUCACCAGUAUAAAAAGUUCAGGAUACAGAAAAAAAAUGAAAAUGAUCCCACCUUUACCGUCAAAAUUAUCUGAUUUAACGAUCGAACGGUGA